AUGUCUACACCCGGACAUGCAGUUGACAAUGGAGGCACCAGAGAAGACGACAGUGGUGACAGGCUGCUGAGUGGAGGCAACCAGGCACUGACUAGUCUGGUGGUAGCAGACCAGAGCGAAUUCGGUGCUGAAGCCGGAGGUGUCCCGGACCACACCAUAGUGGCUGGUGCAUAUGGUGAAGGCAACCACAGAGCACAAAAACAGCAAGCAAAAAUGGAGAAGAUGAUGGAUCAGCUGCAAAAGGAGCUGCACGAGUGCCGUGCUGCUGAGAAAGCGGAACGAACAAAACUGGCUGAGAGCAGACAUUUGCUAGCAAUGCAGCAGGAUUCCAUCAACAAGCUUCUGUCUGUAAAAGCUGAAAAUGCCAAACUGUCAGAAACAGUUAAGAACCAGGAACUGAAACUGCGGCAGUUGAAGUCAGACCUGGAACAAGAGACAUUCAUGUGGAAGCAGAAAAUGGAAGUGACAUGUCAGGAACAUGCAAGACGUCUUGAAGAACAAAGGGUUGCACUGCAACAGAAGGGAGACAGAAUGAGCAAUGAGCUGAUUCAUGUUCGAGCACAGCUGAAGGCCUUGCAAGACGAAAAAAAUGAGAAGAUUAAUCUUAUCACACAAACAUAUGAAGAAAAAAUUACAUCACUGGAGAACCAGUUAAAUGCAGCAAAGAAAGAAAAUCAUCACUUGGCAGAAAGAUCUGCAGCCAGUAGUGCUCUUUAUAAUCAGAAACUGCUGGAACUAGAACAGAAGAUCAAUUCAACUGCCACACCCACAGUGCAAGUUGAUGAUCCACUCCAACAAUCCAGAUGGAACUCUGUAGAGCUGAGAGAAACCACUGAAGAUGGGCCAGCACAACUCUCUAAGCCAGCUAUACGUCGCUCUGGAGUGACUUUUCCAGCUAUCAGAAAGAGACGCUUAUUUACAAAUAAUUCACUUAACUGCCUGUAA